AUGGAGGACUUGACAGCGCCAGUGCCACGUGAGCGACCGGAGCUAUUGAACAAUUUGGCAGCUGUGGUGGCCCAGAUGGAGCUGAUGCGACCGGAAGCCUUGCGCGUCACCUUGGCCGUCCGGGCACUCCAGGGCUGUGGCAGGGUCUUUCGACUACGGCUGCGGCAGGAUCUCUUUGCGAAGAGUUUUGUGAGCGACCAGAUCUCCUGUUUUUGGUCUCACUCCUGGCAUGGUGGGCGGCGCAAGAAGGUGGUUACGCUGCUCACACUCUACAACGGCCUGCCGGCGAUACUUUGUGGUGUUCUGGCUGCUCUGGUGAUGUUGGUGCUUUUCACCUUCGGAUCUCUUCCAGGAUUCCAAAGAGUUGCUGAUUCUCCGAGUGAUCAUUCCGCGUGGUCACUUGGAACGGGCUUCUUGGUCACAGCACUUGUCUUUGUCUUUUGGCGGCCGCAGCAGCAUGUUUUCCUGGACCGGAUUUGCAUCACCGAAAGUGAUCCGCAGCUCAAGGCAGAGCAAAUCCUAAGCCUCGCUGGGAUGCUGAAGCGCUCCCGGGAGAUGUUGGUACUUUGGGACUCAAGUUGGAGUGAUCGCCUUUGGUGUUUGUUCGAACUGAGUGCCUUCCUGAAGAGCAAAGCUGAUAGUGAGCAUUCCCGGUUGCUGGUAACACCUACCUUUAUGGGGCCGUGUGUCGUUGCCACCUUCUUGGGGAUGUUCCUGGCUGUGGUGCCACUGACGACUUUCCCGCUCGAUGCUUCUUUUCUGAUUCCCAUGGUGUUCGUGUGCGUCUUUGGAGCGUUUGGUGCUUUAUGCUGUGCCCACGCCUUCCGUUCCUACUUUCAAUCCGUGGAUGACCUAAAGGAGAAGUUGCAAAGCGUCAACUUGGAAAGGACCAGAAGUAUUUGCUGCGACCUGAACCACGAGGGCGACAUGACGUGUGACCGCGAAAUCGUGAAGGAUUGCAUCACCAUUUGGUUCGGCAGCCAGGAGGCCUUCGAAGACUGUGUGCGUUCCGAGGUUUUAGAGACCCUCACGUCAGAGCUGGAGCAGUCGGUCUUCACCCGACCAUGGCGGAUCGCCGCGAGCGUCCCUUUCCUGUGGGCCUGCAUGGACCUUGCAGCCAUGAAUGCGAAGACGCAGCACUGGCUUAUUGCCAUCAACUGGCUUUUGAGUGGCCUUACGAUGUGUUUGUUGGCCUGUCCGCUCAAUAUCGAGAACUUGGCCAACCUCGCGCAUCGCUUCCGCACGCGGCAGCCCACAGCUGCCCGUGAAGCACUGAUGGAUGUGCUGGUGCUCCUGCUGGCUUUGCCACUCUUCCUGUGCGGCACUGCUCUGACCUUCUUAAGUGGCGCCUUGCAGCCUCCGCUGCCCUCGUUGUCCCAGGCCGCCUUCUACGGCUUGUUGGAGCUGGUCGUGUGGCUGAAGCGCACGGGGUGUUUUUCAUGUGCGAGGUCGAAAGGACAGGAGACAGGGCAGCCUGCCAGGACGGGUCACCAAUUCUGA